AACAUUCAGCAUUCACUUUCGACAGCUACACGCCUCACAAAAUUAGAAAUAGGCAAACAUUUACACAAAUCUAGAAGUUGCCAAUUUGUCCAAUUAGCCCCAAAAUGAAUAUGCUGUGUGAGCGUGUGUCCGCGAUCCUGGCGGGCACCCUUGUGGGCAUGUGGUACGCCAAGACCUUUCCCGCCGAAAAGGAUAACAAGGAUAGCAAGGACAUGACGGGAAAGAAGUAAUCGAAACCACUUCACUUCCAUCCAGAACCAUUACCUUAUUGACUACUUGAGCAAACAAAUGGAACCCAGUCGUCGGGACAAAGAUCUCAAACCAGCUUCAAUUUAUUCAGCUCUCGUCCGACUUUCGAAGCGUUCCA